UGUGCAGCUACCAGCCGUCUCGCGGCUAACUUUCGCCUACUUAAGCCCACUUUCUCCGCUCUCGAUUUUAAAGCGCGUUGCGCGGUGCGGCAGCCUCGGACCCUUUUACUUUGCGGGGUCGGCGGCCGCUUCCCGCUUUCGCCCUUCCCGAGAGCCGUUUCUCCAUCCGGGAGCGCAGACACCAACCUCCGUCCGUCCGCCGCCAAGACACCGCGGACCGCGUUCCAUUUGCCGCGUCGCCAUGCGAGCCCAAUUCCUUCUGACGCUUUGUAUCGUUGCUUCCCUGCGGCAUGAAGCCGCCACGGGAAGACUUCCUCGAAUGCAGCAUCCAAAGGUUACAGCCCUCGUGAUACCAGAUGUUGAUGACACCAAAGAAUUUUACGCUGCUGUGAACCAUGAGUGCAGGAAAUGUCCGCCAGGAACAUUUGUCCAUAAACAAUGCACUGUCCCCAGAACUGAAGGGAUUUGUCAACCCUGUGAAAACAACACCUAUUCCAAACUGUCCAAUUCCUUUGAUAUCUGCUUUGGAUGCAGAGCCUGCAGGAUUUUAGAUGAGGUCGAAAUAAAAAAGUGUACUGCAACCACAAAUACCGAGUGUGCCUGCAAGAAUGGUACCUUCUGCUCACCUGGCCAGCCAUGUGAAACUUGCACUAAAUGUAUGACAAGCUGUGGUCCUGGAGAAAAGAAGGUGCAGGAUUGCACACCUACAAGUGACCUGCAAUGUGUUCCUGAUACUACCUCAUUACCUCCAACAAACUCCUCUGGACAAGGAGAUAGUGGAUUGGUCUGGCUUCUUGUGCUUCCUGUAGUGUUGGUGCUUGCAGCAUUGGUUCUGGGCAUGUGUUGGAAAAAAAACACAAACUUCAGAAAUGCUUGCAGAGGUUUCUGGAGCAGCAAGCGUACCCAAUUCCUCCAAUAUCUGCAGAAGAGGUCCAGUCCAGAGCCAAGGGAAGUACGGGACAACAUGUCGAACAACCAAAGGGAGGAAUCCCAAAUUGUUUCGCCCAGUUGUAGCACUGCCAAUGGACAAGCACCGGAAAUAAGGAUUCUGUUAAGAGAUUCCCCACCAGAGGAGGAGGGUCGAGAAUAUGCAGAAAUGAGAACAUUGGUUCCUGUGAAUUGCAAAAACUCAGCAGAAGCUCUGAGACGAUCUUUUGACGUCUUCGUCAGCAAGGUGCCCCAAAAGUACUGGAAGAGAUUCAUGAGGCUCCUCCAGUUGACGGAAAACGAAAUUGACUGUGCAGAAAGGUCUUCCCAUUAUAUGUACGAUCAGCAUUAUCAAAUGCUACGGACCUGGCUGGACAAGAACGGCCAAGUGGCCACUUUGAGCAUUCUUCUAGAGGUCCUCAGUGGCAUGGACUUAAAGGGUAUUGUGGAAGAAGUUAAAUCCGCUGUCAUUGCUCAAGGUUUGUACGUCUACGAAGAGUAGGCUCUUAGCCAGGUGGUCCUAUCUCUGGCCACCUGGCAAAGUGGUAAGAAGAAGAUGUUACGUUACUAGCUUCUUCUCACUAAGCUUCAUAUAUUGUUUACAUUUUAAAAUAAUUAAAGCCAGCACAAGGCCUUCUAUGCAUUGCCUUCCCAAGAGGGCUUUUUAAAAAAUGUUGGUAGCUAAGACUGUGCUGGACUUUAGACCCAAAGUCCAAAUUGUACUUUCAGAGUGGAUGUGGAUUAUGCCAGCCACAAUUGUUGCCCUGUCCUUAGAGAAAUGGUGUCCUUUCAACACACUUUGUCAGGUUACCAGUUAAUCUCAGGAAAAUAACACCCUGGAGUUAAGGAAAUGCCAGCAGCAUGCCGUGUUUGGCUCAUAGCAGUUGCUUGGACUCUGUGCUUAGGUCCCACUUGACGCUUCCUUUUCUUUAGUCCCCCUGGGUUUUCUAAGGAUGGCACAACUGCUCUUUAACCCCCACCCAAAGAAAAUACCCAUUUCUUUAAAGAGAUGCCAGGUGAAUUUGGUUUUUCAGAAAUUACCAAGUAUUACUUGAGAAGUAUUACUACACCGGUGUUAAUUUGAAAGCUGUUCCAUUUUUUUUUUCAGGACAAAUGAUGUUUCCCCCCAUAAAAGUUAUUUUUGGUGGCCAAAUGGAUCCUUUUCAAUUACCAAUAUAAAUUCUGUAUUAUUAUUUUUUAAAGUAGUUCAUCGGGGGUAAAUUUGGAUAGUCUUGAGUCUUCUUUUGAUGUGAACAAAAGAUGAUUAAGGGAAACCAUCUUUGUACAUGACGCGAUGGCUCAGUGGCUAAGACACUGAGCUUGUCGAUCA